CCUGUUUCGACAAAGAAUGUUCAGUUGGGACGAAACUCGGUUUUUAAUAAUGGUUCACGGUUAACCGUUCUAACCUUACUUUUGUCUUCAACCAUGACAACAACAAUCCAUAUAAUAUUUUCGAACGGCUAGUGCUUCAAAACAACAGUGAUAAGAGUUUGGUGAUAUUUAGUGUAACAAAAAGUGCAUAUUGCGUCCUUCACAUAUAUUUUUUUAUGCGUACACGAUGAUCUCCGGAGGAUUUUAAAUAACAUCAAUUGUUUUAUUAUGAUGCGUAAACGUCAAUUGUUUGUCGCUUGUUUUGUUUUUACGUUACUUUACGUUUUUAUUUUAAAUGUUACCAAUUAUCAGGAAGGUGAGAUUAAACCACGAAAUAAAAUAGUCGAAAUAGAAGGCUGGACUGUGAACACAACAAGAAAUGUCAGCGAAUUUAUUUUCAUAAAUAAAUCCGCACUUAUUCUACCGAAUAAGUUGUGUGAAACCGAAGAUUUUUUAACCGUAGUCGUUUUAUCGGCCCCCCAUCAUUUUCAAGAGAGAAACACGAUUAGGUCGACAUGGGGUUCAGAGAAAUUUGUGCUCAACAAAACCAUAUCCUAUUAUUUUUUGCUGGGAGAAACUUUGAAUGACAAUUUACAAAAGGAAAUUCUAUUUGAAGCCGAAAACUUCAACGACAUCCUCCAAGAGAGAUUCCUGGAUUCCUACAACAACCUCACACUAAAAAGCAUAAACAUGAUGAAAUUAAUAAGCAACCAUUGUUUCUCAAACACCAAAUUCGUUAUGAAAGUCGACGAUGAUAUAUUUGUGAACGUAGAAAAUUUAGUCCAAAUGUUAGCUUCAAAAGGAGACGCAUCAAAUAUUAUUUACGGAAAGAAAAUUUGUCGAGCUUUUGUUAUAAGAGAUAGUACCAAUAAAUGGUAUGUGCCAAAUUAUUUAUAUAAUAAAGGAAUGUAUCCUGAUUACGUAUCAGGAACUGCUUAUGUUUUUUCGGUUGAUGUGGCAGAAAAGUUACUUAAUGCCUCUUUUUCAAUACCUAUUGUCCAUUUGGAAGAUAUUUAUUUAACAGGAAUUUGUGCAAAAAAGGCCAACGUAAAACUCGAAGGAAAUUACAUGUUCGUAUACAGACAACCAAAACUCGAUUUUUGCCUGAUGCGAAUGGGCAUAUCUUUUCACGAAUUCAACUACUCGACGAUUCAUUAUAUCUACGAGGAGCUAAAAGAUCCAAAUCUUCCGGAAAAGUGCGCCAAAUACAAGGAAAACGUCUACAAGGGAGACUGCAAGAAACCGAAAAAACGAAGAACACUUUCCUCCUAGCAGAUAAAAUUGUGAUCAAAGUUUAAAUAUAAAGUUUAUGUGGGAAGAAAGAAUACGUAGUUAUGGGGCACAAAGUACAGGGUGAGUCAGAAUAAAGUUGUCAGAAUAUACAGUCUCAGAAAAAAGUAAAGUAAAUAAAAAUGAAUAAAACAUAACUUUUACUCACCCUUAAAAAGUUAUUAAAGUAUUGCAAAUAAUACUGUAGGUAAAUUUUUAACUCUUGAAAUAUCACAGCUAAACGCUCGGACACGUAAACAUAAUUUUUGGUCGUAG